CACGACUUUUCUGCAGGUUCCCAUCUCAGCACUUUUACUCCAAGGUCACUCAGCUACUAACUGACAAGUACCCUCAGCUCCAAGAUGUUAUAGGAACUGGAUCAAACAUCACUGCUUCGGCUUUGGCUGGAGAGGACGAAGCCAGCCUGAUCGCCCAUGAGGAAUGGCUUAUACGAGAAGGACGAAAGGCAGCUCCUGAUGAAAAAGGAAUCCAUGAAAGGAUGACUCUCACUGCGAGGAAGAGGCUCUCUGACAUGGCACAAAUGGGCAUUGAUGCUGUUAGGACAAGGUACCCAUACCUGAUGGACUCUCAGCGAUUCGCUAAAGAUUUCGAGAGGCUCACGAAGAUGAACCUGGCCGACAAAGUCGCAAAAGGGAUUGACAAGAUCGUUCUGUUGGCCACAAAGAAGGCGAUCGACUGCCAGGAGCAUGUCCUACUUACACUGCAAGCAGCACCGCACAUGGAUCUGGGGAGGCUCAGGACACGGCACAUCCUGACUGUUGCAACUCUGCGCAUUUUGGCACUGAACGUCAAGGAGUCAACAUCACUGCCCCUAAUGUUCGUGCAAGAAGAUGAUGAAAACAUCCCACCGACACCGUGUGUCCUGUACAGCGGGCAAGACUUAGAGGAUGCAGACUUCUUUCACCUGGUUGUUGAUCGUGAGAGGUUGUUCUCCGUUCCAAAUGCCGAGGAGGGGCUGUGUAUGUUGUUGGUAGCCUAUUGGUUGUUCAGUAUACAAUAUGAACGGAAGGCCUUCAACAUGCUCGUCACUCUGGAGAGGCUUUUUCUCGGCAUGAGCCACACAACUCCAAGGGCAGUGGUAAUUAAAUUUUUAAACAAAGUUUGCAGGCACGUGCAUGGUUGAAGCAAUGAUUUGUGCUUCAACCACACGCGCAUUAACUGCUUCGUUACGGUUCAGUUUGAGCUUUUUCUUUUUUUUUUUUUUUUUUUUACGGUGUUAGUUUGCAGGCUCUGUAAAAAUGGAUGUCCACCCACGGGACAGUGGGGCUUUACAGUUCAAGUAAGGAAAAUGAACACAUAUUUUAUUCAACAUUUUAUAAGUUAAUUUUUACAAAAUAGGUUUUGGGAAGAAUAGCAAAACUGGAGUGAUACCGGCAGAGAAAUGAGGCUCAUUUAUUGGUACGAAAAUCAAAGAAGCAGUGCCAGUCAGAUUCAGUGC